AUGGCUGCAGCCCUGGAUGCCGACUCCCUCGGUGGAGAUGAAUGCAUGGAGGAAGACGAGGAGGACCUUGACACAAGCUUGGAGGAUCCCGAGAGCAUGGGGAAAUUCAUCCCAGGCGGACGCGGCUGUUGCAUCCUGACACGCCGUGGGAUCACCUUGCGGGUGCUCCUCAAGGAUGGGCUGAUCGAGCCGGGAGAAGGAGUGCUGUCCAUUUACUACCUGGGAAAGAAAUUCUUGGGAGACCUACUGACGGAUGGAAAGAUCGUUUGGCAAGAGACCGGCCAAGUCUUCAACUCCCCCAGUGCCUGGGCAACUUAUUGCAAAAAAUUGGUGAAUCCAGCCAAGAAGUCCGGCUGCGGGUGGGCCUCCGUUAAGUACAAAGGCCAGAAGUUAGACCAGUAUAAAGCUGUCUGGCUGAAGAAGUAUCAGCCCAAUGCCACUCCUGCCGAAGAGAGUUUGGCGAGUGAAGGAGAAGAGGAGGAGCUGGUAGAAGAGGACGAAGAGGAAUCUAAGGGCGUUAAGUCGGCCGUCUCUGAGUCCCUGCUGGCCAAGAAACUGGAGGAGAAGACGCGGAGGCAGCAAGCCAAAUCUCUUGUGGAGCUGCACAGUGCGGAGAACAGCAAGCGUCUGGACUGCAGGAACCGCGUCCCGGUCCGUUAUUGCAACUUGGGCAGUCGGGAUUCCUCCAGGAAUCCCCAUACCUUGGUGGAAGUGACCUCUUUCACAGCCCUUAACAAAUUCCAGCCUUUUAAUGUUGCCAUCUCUAGCAAUGUACUUCUGCUCCUGGACUUCCACAGUCACUUAACCAAGAGCGAGGUGGUCGGUUAUUUGGGAGGCAGAUGGGAUAUUAACACCCAAUUGCUAACGGUGCUCCGGGCAUUUCCUUGCCGGUCUCGCCUCGCAGACGGGGAGCAGGCAGCUGUGAUCGAGGAGGAGAUCUGCCAGAACCUCUUCAUGCGCGGGCUGUCCCUGGUGGGAUGGUACCACAGCCACCCCUUCAGCCAUGCUCUCCCGUCGCUGCAGGACAUUGACACCCAAAUGGACUACCAGCUGAGGCUACAGGGAACGAGCAACAGCUUCCAGCCCUGCCUGGCUCUCAUCUGCGGUCCCUACUUCCACGGCAACCAAGGCCUGGAGUCGAAGAUUGCACCCUUCUGGGUUAUGCCCCCUCCAGAGCAACGGCCAUAUGAUUAUGGGAUCCCCAUGGAAGUGGAAGUCACCUACAUCCAAGAUGGAUUUCUAACCAAUGAUGUUCUCCAUGAAAUGAUGCUGCUGGUGGAAUUUUACAAAGGGGCCCCUGACAUGGUGAAAUUCCAAGAGACGUGGAACCAGGAGAAAACAUACUUGGAAAAGCUCAAGGGCUCUUUAGUGUCCCGAAUGCCCAAGGACCAGGGCUUUGGGCAUAUCCUGGAGCAGGUGUUCAGCAUCCUGAAGCACAAUGGUUAA